UCUCUCCACCCGCCCCCUCGACUCCAGCAGCCUUCGCGCUCCUUGAACAGCAAAGCCGGGAAUGGGAUCCCGGGCGAGAGAGGGUCCCCUUUGGCGUGUGCGGACCUGAACGGGCUCCCCACUGGCUGGAGGAGGAGAAAAGGACGCCCCCCACCCACCCUCUACCUAUGCCAAGGGGCAGGAGCGCGGACCCCCGGGCACCGCCUGGGCAUCCCCAAGUUCCUGUGACUGACAUCAAGCCCUGUGGCCACUCUGCCUUCCUUGACAGACUUCUAUCUUCUGCCGUGCAGUCUUUGGUCAAUGGUGGGAAAUGGAGUCCUCUGGGAAAGAGUCUGUUCCCCUCACUCAUCCCAGGGAGAAACGAGGAUGAGGCUACAGGUUUGUGGAGACCCUGAGGAGUCCAGCUAUUCAGGCACAUGAACUACAAGCAGGUAUCAGUGCCCGGAAGGAACUGGGCAGCACAGCGAAGACACCAAGAAGGCUACACUCUUCCCAGGCUUGUUUGCCUCAGGAAGCAUCCAAGGAAGACGCUAGGCUUCAAGGUCAUGUGUAAAGCCCAGUAUCUGCUUGGCUGUAGCCGAAGGAAACACUGAAACCACAGGUCUCCGCUGCACAGGGAGUGAUGCUUAUUCUGUUCCAUGCCAUGAUUACCCCGCUGUUCUGUGUCACCUGUGCUGCGCCACUUCCGAACCACAGUGCCCGCCCCAACACUACUGAGGCCCUCUGGGCUGAGACCCCUCUUGGGGACUGGGACCUCUUCUCUCCACGUGUCACCCUUUCAAGCUACCAGCCUAUUGAUCCACCUAUGCUUUUUCUCAUGGAGGACUCUGGUGCCCACCCGGGGCAGGCCGCUAACAGAACACUGAAGUCGAAACGGUCUGUGGAGGGGGCCAUACGGCGGGGGGAGAUGUCGGUGUGCGACAGCGUCAACGUCUGGGUGACGGACAAGCGUACAGCCGUGGACAUUCGCGGCAAAACCGUGACCGUGCUUUCAGAGGUCCAAACGUUGACCGGGCCGCUCAAGCAAUAUUUCUUUGAGACCAAGUGUAAUCCCGCGGGAGGCACGGUGGGGGGUUGCCGCGGCGUGGAUCGACGCCACUGGAUCUCCGAGUGCAAGGCCAAACAGUCGUACGUGAGGGCGCUCACGAUGGAUUCGGACAAGAUUGUGGCUUGGCGCUGGAUCCGAAUCGAUACCUCCUGUGUUUGCACCCUCCUCACCCGCACUGGCCGGACGUAGGGAAGCGCAGAGUGGGGGGGAGAAAGGAGCGUAGUAUGUGUUUUCUUAUUGGCAGACCAAGGCUUUUUUUACUCGCACUGAAGCAGAGAACGGUGUUCAGCCAUGGAUUGGCGUGAUCCCUCAGUCCAACAUCAUCAUCUCUCAUUGGCCAAGGGGACGUGCGCAGGGUUCCUGCUGCCCAUGAAGGCAGGGGUAUGGCCUCUGCUGCCAUCUUUGACUCGCAGAUCGUCUCGCCAUGGCUGGAUUCUAUAGCAUUAGUCGCGCCCAUAGGGUACCUCUCAUUGGCUGACUGCACUGCUGGAAAGUAUCCUUGACAGAUUUGGCGGACCAGCUGUGGAAAGAAAACAUUCUGCUUGGGAGAUGGCCACAAAGAUAAACGGAGUUCUUCAUGUAUGACUAAUGAUUAAAUGGGCACAUAUGGUUGCCAUAUGAGGCUAGGGCAUUGCUGACUCAGAGCUCUUGGUUCAGACCGUCUUUUCCUGCGAAUCCUUCCUUUUCAGCCAUGGACUGCACGGUGCAUCUCUCUGUGGUACGGGCUGUUCCGUUCACUGUUUCCCAGACCUUGUAACCCCUGAUUGCCCUUUCUGUUGCUGUGUCUCUACCAAGGUUCUCCGGCAUGGGACAGAAAGUUCUUGGGUGUAUUUUUGAGUGCCUGGAGCCAUGCCUGCUAAGCCCCAUAAUUGCCACAGGGACCGUGGCUACACAUUGUGCCCCUAUAGAGUAGCCAUCAUUUCCUUUUGGCUGUGGUUUGGAGGGGAAGUCCAGGGGUCCAGUAAGCUGGUCGACUGUUACUUGUGUGGAGCUCUCGAUACAUUCCAAAGGAAUCCCAGAGUUCCGAGACCCCCAUUUGAAAGCCACUGUUCUCGAUCAGAGUUACCUCUGGAAUCCCCCUGUGCUUUCUUUCCCUCUCUUCCUAUUUAUUACCUCCCCUCCCCUCCAGCUGUGUCUGAACCUGUGCUGCCAUUUUGAUUGUUAACUUAUUUGUGUACCUGACUCUGCAAGAAAUAAUUUCUGGGGGGGGAAUGUGGCAGGGGGAGGGGAGGGGGAGCGUGGAUUAAAAGAAUGAGAAGUAUGCCUGCUACUUCACACACCGUGUCU